AUAAUAAUAAAAAUAAUGAUAAUAUAGAUUAUAAACUACAGUUACAAGAGUACCAAAUUGAUGAAUCAUUAAGAGCAAUUGCAGAAGUAUUUUGUUAUGUUUGUGAUAAUGAAGCUGACGCAUUUUGGUGUUUAAAUAACUUUUUAAAUUUACCAUUUAAACAAUACGGACAUAAAGAAAUUGGCAUUUAUCAUCAAAUAAACAAUCUAAGUAGAUUAUUAGAGAUUCAUGACAGAGGGUUAUGUAAUCAUUUUAAGAAUCAUAAAGUUCUUGUAGAGAUGUUUAGCGGUCAAUGGUUUAAAAGUUAUUUCACAUGUUUAUUCCCAACUAGUUCAAUGGAUAGAAUAUGGGAUAGAAUAAUAGGAGUUUCUUUAGAUUACAUGGCCUAUAUAUCUUUAGCAAUUUUACAAUCAAAAAAACCAUUUAUUUUAGAAAAGACCAAUAAAAACGAUAUUUUAAAUUAUUUAUUAAAUAUUAAAGAUUUAAAUGUUGAUAUUAUAUUAGAAAAAUCAGUAGAAUUAUUCGGUGUUUCUGCAGAAGUAGAUCCUGAUGAAUAA